AUGAAUUCAAUUAAGUUGACAGUUGCAAUUGCAUUCAUCGCAGUUGUCUCAGCUGGUUCAAUCAGUUAUGUCAAGAGAUCUGAUGGAUAUGGAUCAGAUAUUGGAUAUGGAAGUGGAUCAGCAUGGGGAAAAAUUGAAGGUGGUGUUGAUGCUGGUGUUUGGAAUGGUGAAUACAAAGGAGAUUAUUAUGCAUAUCCAUCAUACAAAUUUGAAUAUGGAGUUAAUGAUCCACACACACAUGAUCAUAAGAGUCAAUGGGAAACUAGAGAUGGUGAUGUUGUAAAGGGUGAAUAUACAUUGGAUGAAGCUGAUGGAACUAAACGAGUUGUUAAAUAUCAUGCUGAUGGAAAGACUGGAUUUCAUGCUCAUGUUGAACGUAUUGGACAUGCUCAUCAUGAUAACCAUUACGGAUAUGGAGCUGCUUUUGGUGGAUAUUGA